AUGGAGAGGACCAAUCACACAGUGACUGAGUUCAUCCUACUGGGCUUCACGGCAAACCCUGAUAUGCAGCUGGUUCUCUUUGUCAUGUUCCUAGGCAUGUACUCUCUGACUGUGCUAGGAAAUACCAUCCUCACAGUGUUAAUCUGUAAUGACUCCCGCCUAUACACACCCAUGUAUUUUUUCAUUGGGAAUUUAUCUUUUCUGGAUCUCUGGUUGUCCUGUGUCUACACUCCAAAGAUCCUAGUGACCUGCAUCUCUGAAGACAAAAGCAUCUCCUUCACGGGCUGUGUGGCCCAGUUCUUUUUCUCUGCAGGGCUGGACUACAGUGAGUGCUACCUGCUGGCUGCCAUGGCUUAUGACCGCUACAUGGCCAUCUCCAAGCCACUGCUUUAUGCCCAAGCCAUGUCCUUCAAACUAUGUGCAUUUUUGGUAACAGCCUCUUACCUUGGUGGUUUUGUUACACCGUGGUGUUUCCCAUGCUGA